UCCCACCACCUGGUCUCGACGUCUGACUCGAUCCGGCCUCCGCAGUGGCCCCGGUCGUUCGAUCGAUCGAUCCCAUCUUGUUUGACUCGUCCUCCUCUCGAGUCUUCGCUGUUCCCCUGUUUCUUCUCUGUCGAAUCGUUCUUCGAUCGAUCCGGUAUCCGCGCGGAGCGAGGAGGAAAAAAGAAUUUACAUUUUAUUAGGGUUUGAUCGGAAGAUGGAGCCGAUGGACAUCGUCGGAAAGUCGAAAGAGGACGUCUCGCUCCCGAAAUCUUUCGCUGGAAGUUUGCCGCUUCCGAGAUUCCAGGAAGAUGAUGGGUCCUCUUUUCGCCCGACAUGUUUUCAGGCAAUGAUACUAGGUCUUGGGUGUUUUACAAGGGGCUAAAUCCUGGAUCCGCGACAAUGUUCAAGAUUAUUAAGGAGAUGCUACCACCUGAUGUUCGUGUAGCUAGAGAUACUCAAGAUCUUCUUGUGGAGUGUUGUGUAGAAUUUAUCAACCUUGUAUCUUCGGAGUCCAAUGAAGUAUGUAAUCGGGAGGACAAAAAGACAAUUGCACCAGAGCAUGUGCUCAAGGCUUUGGAGGUUCUUGGCUUUGGUGAGUACAUCGAGGAAGUUUAUGCUGCAUACGAACACCACAAGCUUGAGACCCUGGAUUCACCUAAAGGUGGUAAAUUUGGCGGUAUAGAGAUGACAGAAGAAGAAGCGUUGGCGGAACAGCAGAGGAUGUUUGCAGAAGCCCGUGCGAGAAUGAACAAUGGAGUGAGCAUGCAAAAGCAGCCGGACUCCGAUCACAACCUGGAGAGCCAAUGAUGGAGCCCCGGGCAUAUUUGCGAUCGGGGAAAGCAGCAGCCUCCAAGUGUUGCACAAUGGGCUAAUUGGGUGACUGCACGUUUGUAUAUCUAGCUAUCAACUCUGACAAUAUUGCCUGAUUAUUUAGCAGUACAGUUUAAGUAGAACAGAGUACUGGUGUUUCCUUGAGCUUGA